UCUGGCUGCAGAUCCAGUGAGUACUCACUCACGGCUAUAGGUAAAUCGAGGAUCUCUUCGUCGCUGUUCAGCCAAUCGAUCGAUAUCCAGGGAUGGGUCGGGGAUAGAAACCCGGGAACGCAGACCAGACACCGGAUAAAUACCGAAACGGAAGCCGGCCCGGGAUAAGCCACACGAGCGUACGGUAGCAGUCCGAACCACCCGCUACUCCCCGGGAAUCGGACACACGGUCAGAGGAGGCGCUGAGGCUGUCCAGGGACGGAACGGGGAUCUUGGUCCAGAGAGUUGUUUAGACAGGAAGGAACCGCCUGGAGAGGGAGACCGGAGCAGCAGAGUCAAGAACAAGACUUUCUCCAGGACGCUGGGCAGCAUGAAGAAGAGCCGGAGCGUUCAGGGGGUCACGCCAGCAGACGAGAGCAAGGCGGCGUCGGGGACCCAGCACCUCCUCCUGGCCAGCAGCCAGACGCUUGGGGCGGAGCUACGCCGCGUCCACCGCCGCUUCUCCGGCAACCUUCAACUGCCGCCGUUGUCCUGGCGACAGGCCGAGCGGGAUAAGGAGCGGGAGUGGGGCCGGCCGCAGACGCCCGAGGAGUGUCCCGGGGAGGAGGAGGAGGAGGGGGGCCGGGCGGCCGGACGUCCCACCAGCCUGCCCAUCCCCCCGCCCCGCAUCGACAUCACCGCCGCGGACCCCGACAGCUUCGAGGCGGAGGCUGCCCGGUCCCUGUGCUGCAGCCCCUCUGAGGCCCAGGCCUCCCCGGGCUCCACCCUGGUGCUCCAGCCCCAGCGCCGGGAGUCCUUCCUCUACCGCUCCGACAGCGACUACGACCUGUCCCCCAAGUCCAUGUCCCGCAACUCCUCCAUAGUGGGGGAACUGCAGGAAGAUCUGAUCGUCACACCAUUUGCCCAGGUCCUGGCCAGCCUUCGCACAGUGAGAAACAACUUCACCACCCUGACCAACGUUCAAUCUGCAUCCAAUAAAAGAUCCCCAGCUGCCGGGCAGCCCGCUGCUGCCAGAGUGUGUCUUUCAGACGAGUCGUACCAGAAGCUGGCCCUGGAGACGGUGGAGGAGCUGGACUGGUGCCUGGACCAGCUGGAGACUGUCCAGACGUACCGCUCCGUCAGCGACAUGGCCUCCACCAAGUUCAAGAGGAUGCUGAACCGAGAGCUCAACCACUUGUCUAUGAUGAGCCAGUCGGGUAGCCAAGUGUCAGAGUACCUCUCCAACACCUUCCUCGACCAGCCCCACGACGUGGAGCUGCCCUGCCCGGUGCCCAAGGCCCAGGGGAGGAAGAGGAGGCAGGGCCCCCAGAGCCAGCACGGCUCCCAGCACGCCGCCGUCCAGCACCAGCAGGCCGGCGGGGGCGGGACCCUGCCCCAGAUCAGCGGCGUGCGCAAGGUCAGCCUGACCUCUGGCGCCGUGGUCAGCCGCUUCGGCGUGAAGACGGACCAGGAGGAGCUGCUGUCCAAGGACCUGGAGGACAUCAACAAGUGGGGGCUGAACAUCUUCAGUGUGGCACUGCACUCCCACAACCGCCCGCUCACCUGCACCAUGUACGCCAUCUUCCAGGAGCGAGACCUGAUGCGUACGUUCCGGAUCCAGGCGGACGCCCUGGUGACCUUCCUGCUGACGCUGGAGGACCACUACCACAGCGACGUGGCGUACCACAACAGCCUGCACGCCGCCGACGUGGCCCAGUCCACGCACAUCCUGCUGUCCACGCCCGCGCUCCACGGAGUCUUUACAGACCUAGAGGUCCUGGCCGCCAUCUUUGCUGCUGCUAUCCAUGACGUGGACCACCCGGGGGUCUCAAACCAGUUCCUCAUCAACACCAACUCUGAGCUGGCCCUGAUGUACAACGAUGAGUCGGUGCUGGAGAACCACCACCUCGCUGUGGGCUUCAAGCUGCUGCAGGAGGACAACUGUGACAUCUUCCAGAACGUCUGCAAGAAGCAGAGGCAGAUGCUGCGGCGGAUGGUGAUCGACAUGGUGCUGGCGACGGACAUGUCCAAACACAUGAGCCUGCUGGCCAACCUGAAGACCAUGGUGGAGACCAAGAAGGUGACCAGCUCCGGAGUGCUGCUGCUGGACAACUACACCGACCGGAUGCAGGUUCUUCGUAACAUGGUGCACUGCGCCGACCUCAGCAACCCCACCAAGUCCCUGGACCUGUACCGCCAGUGGACCGACCGCAUCAUGGAGGAGUUCUUCCACCAGGGCGACCGCGAGAGGCAGCGCGGCAUGGAGAUCAGCCCCAUGUGUGACAAACACACGGCCUCCGUGGAGAGGACGCAGGUGGGCUUCAUCGACUACAUCGUCCACCCGCUGUGGGAGACGUGGGCCGACCUGGUGCACCCCGACGCCCAGGACAUCCUGGACACGCUGGAGGACAACCGCAACUGGUACCAGAGCAUGAUCCCCCAGAGUCCCUCCCCACCGCUCUACAGCAGCGACGGGGAGGGGGGCCGGCCCGGCGAGGAGGAGGAGGAGGAGGAGGAGGAGGAGCUGGAGGGGGGCCCUCUGGGGAGCUCCACCUUUCAGUUUGAGGUGACCCUGGAGCAGCAGAACAGCGGGCUGGGGACGGGGUCGGACGCCCCCCAAGAGGCCAACGGUGUGACGGACGGGGGAGGAGAGGAGGACAGGAACGGCGUCGCCCUGUCGGAGACAUAACAGGGCGGAGCUUUGUCCUCGCUACGGCGCGAAAGGCGCGUUGCUGCUUCUGAUUGAAAUGGUUUUAAAUCGCAGUGGAGAAAUCCUGCGAGCUGGCCUCCCACAGGCCGUUGACUAGGGGCCCAACCCCGGGGGGAGAGGGCUGGACAUCCCACCCUAUGUGGCAAGGGUUCUCUUUUUGAGCACCACCUUCUAGCUCCUCACUGGUGUGAAGGGUCAAGUGUUGCCGUGACAACAUGGAGCGGGGGGGGGUGUUGCUGCUGUAGAACUGGUAGACCCCAAAUGGGUCUUGAGUGCCGUCCCUCCUGCCUCUAUGGAGGUGAAGGGAUGAGUCAUCAUCACACCAAACUGUAAAACGCUCUGGGUCACACAAAGGUCUCAGAGAUCGCACUCUGAGGGAAAUAUUUAUGUUGAGUUUGAACUCUUUUUAUUGUGUUUGUAUUGGCUGAUAUGAGGUCACAUGUUCACCCAAACUACUGGUCUUUGUAGUAGUUUUGACAUGUUUUUGCUAACACUUGUCUAAAAAAGAUGGUGUGCCUUUGUUGAAGUUUUUUUACAACCCUUUCUUAUGUUUUUUAUUAUUAUUUAUUGAACGCACAAGUUGGUUCAUAACAAUUUGGGGUAUUUUUACUCAAAAGGAUAUGGUUGCGAGUCUCACUCAGUCUUCCUGUUGUUCUGGCAAUAGUGUUCGAUUUUUAUACAUCAAACUGUGAUUCAUGGAUGUAAUUAGUUGACUUCCCAGCACAAUUUGCACUUUGUGACAUUUGGGGCAGAGAGUACAUUUUCCACCUAGUUGCGGGACCUAAUAAGGAACAUUUAAAGCCAAAUAUUGAACAUAAUGUGUUUGUAUAGAUACAGAUUACAUUUUUUGGAGUUCAUAAGCAAUCAACCUUUUCGUAAAGAGUGAAAUUGCUCAUUAAAUGGGACGAGAACUCCAAAGAUUUUAAAAAUAAAAGCACUUUGACAUAAUUCACUGCCACCUUUGCAAGGUUCCCAGGUCAUCUUAAUUGAUUACACUAAAUUCCCAAUUCAACAAUAUUCAAUGUAGAUCAGACUCUGGGAAGAACGAGAACCACCCCAGUAUCACAAACAGUGAGCCCAGCUUAAGCCAAAACUUUUAAAAGUUGUGUGCAAACAUUAUGUCAGCGAGGAUUUGGGUAGGCUUUUCUUUUGUAUUAUAUUUGAUUAUCUAUUUAGCACUUUGAAUAAAGCAGGCGGGUCUGCAGCUGGUUGCAGCUCCCGCCACAUAACCUUGAAGGUACGUCGUCAGAAAAGCAUAGAUAUACGAUAACGUGUGUGUGUGUGUGUGUGUGUGUGUGUGUGUGUGUGUGUGUGUGUGUGUGUGUGUGUGUGUGUGUGUGUGUGUGUGUGUGUGUGUGUGUGUGUGUGUGUGUGUGUGUGUGUGUGUGUGUGUGUGUGCAUUUCGCACAAUAAUCUUCUUGCACCCAGCCUCGUUUUGGCUGCUGACCUUCAGCUGUUUGUAACAGUAUAUUUAUUACUUUUUACUUGGAUAGGAUAUAACAGUACUGCUUUGGAUUGAUGUAUUAUUUAUACUCUCCACCAAUCGAUGGAGAAUCUCUGGUGGCUCCACACAAUCGUUUUUAUCUAAUUGUUUUUUUUAGCUCAGUAUGUGACCUGAAAUGAUUACGGUUAUGGAAUUAGAUUUUGUUAUUUCAAAUAAACUUUUAAUCUCAAAUUUCUGAUUUUUCCACAAAGUCCCCUCUGUAGAAGGAGUUUGUACACAGAUGGACGAGCAGCCUCGGCUUGGAGGUGCUUGUCCGUCGCUCUGCUACUUUUCCUAACUGCUGCCUGAGGAGUGUUUAUAAUACAGUUAGAUGAUAUAAUGGCAGUAUAUUAUUACCUGACCGGUCAUUGAACAUCUGCCUGAGGAAAUAUAAAACUAUGUUUCCAACGGAUUAUUCUCUCCCUCACACGAUGUAUUGUAACAUACUGUUCUCUGCUGGUUUUUCUAUAAUAUAUUAAAAUGAGCAUGAAAUAUUCAACUGCUGUUGUCUUCAGAGUCUUCUUGGCUAGGCAAUACUCUUUCAUAUUUUUUCUAGAUCAUUUUCAUCGGGAGAAAGGCAGGGAGUUUCAGUUAUGUUCCAUAUUAAUGUACCAAUCCAGGUUGCUGUUGUCCAGAUCCCAGUUUAUUCAAAACACCAGCAGACUAUCUCACAUAUGUUUUCCCUAUUUAAAUUAGAGGAAAAGAUAUGAGGCUGUCACUGAGCGGGAUAAAUAGACAUACCUUUUGUUGUGUGUAUGUGUGAAUUAUUUCCAAAGGAGUCGGGUAUUAAAUAUAUAUUUUAAAUUUCAUAAUUUAUGAGGAAAUAAUUGAGGGAGGCAACCUCAUGUUUUGCAGAAGCUUCCAUCUGUUGCCCUCCCCCAUCCUAUUUUCACAAAAACAUCAGCUGUCCGGAAUUAAACUAUUUUCAACUGAAUAAAGGGGUUUGGUGGUUUGCCCACCAUUUAAUUUCCCAACUCAACACCAUCUUCAAAUGUAACAUAGGACUUUACAUAACGUGCUUUACAUUUCUAUAGAGCCAGACUAUUUUGAAUACAUCUGUGUAUGACUGUAUCAUGUAGACUGUUACAACCCUAGUUUCUAGAGAAAAUAAUUAAACAUAAACCAGCACAACAGGUGAGGAACAAAAGGUGUGGUGAGUCACACGUGUUUAAUGUGGUAUACUCUAUCUACAAUAUAGACAAAAGAGGGACUGAAGGUUGUGCCAAAUCAAAGAACCUUACAUAACAAGUACAGGUCACCAGAAAUGAAUGAAAGCAAACCUUCCUACUCUCUACUUCAACAAAAGGACAGGGGUGGCACACACCACCAACCUAAGGUCUUUAACAGAGAAUAAACUUGUGAUGCACAUGGAAGGGGUACCCCAAACGAACCUAGCCUUUUUGCACAUUUAUACAUCAUUGAGAGUUGGUGGGUAGUUUUGUGGUGUACCAGUCAUGUGGGUGGCCUCUAUGAUCCCGAUUUGCAUCUUCUCAUUUGUCCCAAUGACGUGGUAGUCAUCCAGAACCUUCAUCUCCUGGAUCCUGUGGUGGCAGUUAAAGGGACAAACACACAAUACCGCAUCGAACACCAGUGCUGGCAUUGAGCCCUGCAUGUAACACAGACAUACCUCCAUCAGUACGGUUCAUACAUGAGGUCACCAACACUUACCAUUUGAAGUACGAAAGGAAGAUAAGGCCACACUGCACGCGCGUUGGCGUUGAAAAUCUGCAUUUUUGCAUAGGGAACCAUUGGUUUAGGCGCGUAGACGCGUUACACGCGUUAAAGCGGCGCGUUACGCCUCAUACCCACUGC